AUGGCAAGGACAUACACGCUCUACAACCUACGCAUAAUCCUGGUGUUGACGCUGGGAAGUCUUACCUUUGGAUAUGGCUUCUCCGUGAUAUCCAACACCAUCGGCCAGCCAGGGUUCAUAGCCAAAUUCAACCUCGGAAGCGACUCGAGUUAUGACAAUGCAAUCACCGGCACGAUCAACGGCCUGUACUGUGCAGGCGCCCUGUUUGGAGCCUUGCUCGUCGGCUGGAUGAGCGAGGCUCGUGGUCGGAAACAGACUAUGUACCUUGCGUGCGUGAUCAAUGUCGUUGGCGGCACACUCGAGACUGCCUCGGUCGACAUUGCCAUGUUCUUGGUCUCGCGCUUCAUUUCUGGCUUUGGCAUUGGAAUGAUGGUUGUAUUGAUCCCGAUCUAUCAAGCCGAGAUAUCGCCACCGAAUGCUCGUGGAUUCCUAGUCGGUCAGCACGGAACUUGGAUUGUCCUGGGCUACGCAAUUGCAGGCUGGGUUGGCGCUGGAACAUACUACUCCACCAAUCUGUCGUUUCAGUGGCGCUUUCCAAUCGCAUUGUCAAUUGUCCCACCACUUGCACUGGCAAUAUGCUCACCUUGGGUGCCGGAAUCACCGCGUUGGCUGCUCACAAAGGAUCGCAAUGAAGAAGCAUGGGCCAUUGUCCGACGCUUGCAUGGCGGCGAAGGCUCGGACGAGCAGGCUUUGCAGUAUGCUCGUGAAGAGUUCUACCAGAUGACCGAACAAGUCCGCGUCGAUGCCGUGGCGUGGAAACAAGCCGGCUGGCGCGGCAUGUUCACCAAGAAGAGUUACCAAAAGCGGUUCUGGAUGGGAUUUUUCAUCCAAUAUGCCGCCCAAUCCACGGGUGCUCAGGUGAUAUACGUGUACAUUGUCUCGUUGUACCAGAAUCUCGGUCUCACAGGAGGAGUUCCACUCAUCCUAGGGGCGGCGUAUGUGACGGUAGCAACCAUAUCCAACUUUGUGGGAGCGUUGCUUCUUGACAGAGUAGGACGAAAGCCACUUCUUCUCACCGGACUUACCGGUUGCAUGCUGUCCGUGGCUCUGGAGACGGCGAUGAUUGCCGAAUAUGCUGGUACGACCAACAAGGCAGGUCUUUCCAUGGGAGUGUUCUUCUCCUUCUGCUUCAUCAGCUUCUAUGGCGGCGGAAUCGAUGUCGUGGGCUAUGUUUAUUGCUCGGAGAUAUUCCCCACACAUAUCCGAUCGCAAGGCGUGGCGUGGUCACUUGCAGGUACAUUCCUGUCAACAUUAGUGUAUGUGGAGGCGGCUCCCACGGCACUCGCCGACAUCAAAUGGCGCUAUUACAUUGUUUUCGUAUGCCUGACAUUCGUCAACGUGCUGGUUAUCUAUUUCUGGUGUCCUGAGACCAAGGGCCUUUCGCUGGAAGAGAUCAAUGCGCUCUUCGGUGAUGAGGUAGUCGUGCAUUUUGCAGACGCUACCGAGAAGCAAAAACACGAACUCGCCGCCAAGGUGCAUGCAGAAGCCGAGCAACGGGAAUACGACUCCCAACGGCGCGGAGAGGCUGCAGGUGUGACGGAGGGGGCUGUAAAAGCUUAGGAUUAGGCAGCCCUAGGCAAACUGCAGAAAGUCACACGAGUUGAGACGGCACAGUAUGCAGUACGGAGUACUACCACUCUGGGGCAAAGAAUGCUGUAGUCAUACAUUUCGGAAGGCCGAGAAAAGGCAUUCGCAUGAAUUCCCGACGGUGAAAUAAGGGCUUACCUUACAUAACACUACAGUAUGUACUGUCGUGACUCGUCGUGGCGCCGGAAAAGACAGUUGCGAUCAAUGAUCAGUCCAUCAAGAUGAAGUUUCUGUGGGGACGAUCUUGCCUUGCCCAUGCUAUGGGCAGUCCGUGCGCAGGUCAGGGUACUUUGUAAUAAUCACCAACCCAUCAGAUGACGUCGAGGAGGUCCGUGAUGCCUUUGCCAGGGUAGGGAUCUGGCAGAAGUCCGUGGCUGGGGGGCCCGCUUGUUUUGGCUUGCCGGUGCCUUGU